GCCGCGGAGAGCAGGCUGUCAUGCCCUAUUGAUUUCCCCACCCCCGCGCCAAGUAUGUUUGGGCUGGACCAAUUCGAGCCCCAGAUCAACAGCAGGAACGCUGGCCAGGGCGAGAGGAACUUUAACGAGGCCGGACUGAGCAUGAACACCCACUUUAAGGCUCCGGCUUUCCACGCGGGGGGACCUCCUGGCCCCGUGGACCCUGCCAUGAGCGCGCUGGGCGAGCCCCCGAUCCUGGGCAUGAACAUGGAGCCGUAUGGCGCCGGCGCUGGCCUGGGCAGCCAGCCGCCCUUCGCCGAGGGUUAUGAUCAUCUGGCGGAGAGCCAGGGGCCUGAGAGCUUCGGCCCGCAGCGACCCGGCAACCUCCCGGACUUUCACAGUUCCGGCGCCUCGGGCCACGCCGUACCGGCCCCGUGCUUGCCGCUGGACCAGAGCCCUAACCGAGCCGCCUCCUUCCACGGCCUCCCCGCCUCCAGCGGCUCAGAUUCCCACAGUCUGGAGAACCGGAGGGUGGCGAACCAAGGAGCCGUCGACUCGCUGGAAUACAAUUACCCGGGCGAGGCGCCCUCGGGACAUUUCGACAUGUUUUCGCCCUCCGAUUCCGAGGGGCAGUUGCCUCAUUAUGCGGCGGGUCGCCAGGUUCCCGGGGGCUCUUUCCCGGGUGCCUCGGCUAUGCCCAGAGCGACAGGCAUGGUGGGCUUGUCCAAAAUGCACGCCCAGCAGCAGCAGCAGCAGCAGCAACAGCAGCAGCAGCAACAGCAGCAGCAGCACGGCGUUUUCUUCGAGAGGUUCGGCGGGGCCCGCAAGAUGCCGGUGGGUUUGGAGCCGGGAGUAGGCUCCAGGCACCCCUUAAUGCAGCCUCCCUCGGCCAGUAAGCUGGGCGCGCUCUCGCUGGGCUCCUUCAACAAGCCCAGCUCCAAGGACAACCUGUUCGGCCAGAGCUGCCUGGCUGCGCUCUCCACCGCCUGCCAGAACAUGAUCGCCAGCCUCGGGGCCCCCAACCUCAACGUGACCUUUAACAAGAAGAACCCGCCCGAGGGGAAGAGGAAAUUGAGCCAGAACGAGACCGACGGCGGCAGCGCGGCCGUGGCCGGCAACCCGGGCUCGGAUUACUACCUGCUCACCUGGCCCUCUUGGGGGAAAGGGGCCGAAUUGCUCCUGGGGGACCAGCCGGACCUCAUGGCGUCCCUGGAUGGCGGCGCCAAGUCAGACGGGAGCUCCCCGCACGUGGGCGAGUUCGCCUCCGACGAGGUGAGCACCAGCUACGCCAACGAGGACGAAGUGUCAUCCAGCUCUGACAACCCCCAGGCCCUGGCCAAAGCGAGUAGGAGCCCCCUGGUGACAGGUUCGCCCAAACUCCCGCCCCGGGGGGUGGGCGCAGGGGAACACGGACCCAAGGCGCCCCCGCCCCCGCUCGGCCUAGGCAUCAUGUCUACCUCUACCUCGACCCCUGACAGCUAUGGCAGCGGUGGGGGCGCUGGCCACCCGGGCACGCCUGGCCUGGAGCAGGUCCGGACCCCGACGAGCAGCAGCGGGGCACCGCCGCCCGACGAGAUCCACCCCCUGGAGAUCCUCCAGGCACAGAUCCAGCUGCAGAGGCAGCAGUUCAGCAUCUCCGAGGACCAGCCCCUGGGGCUCAAGGGGGGCAAGAAGGGCGAGUGUGCUGUGGGGGCGUCGGGCGCCCAGAACGGGGACAGUGAGCUGGGCAGCUGCUGCUCUGAGGCUGUCAAGAGCGCCAUGAGCACCAUCGACCUGGACUCCCUGAUGGCAGAGCACAGCGCCACCUGGUACAUGCCCGCAGACAAGACCCUGGUGGACGGUGCCGAGGACGACAAAACGCUGGCGCCCUGGGAGAAGGCCAAACCCCAGAACCCCAGCAGCAAAGAAGCCCACGACCUCCCCGCGAACAAGGCCUCCGCAGCCCAGCCCGGCAGCCAUUUGCAGUGCCUGUCUGUCCACUGCACAGACGACGUGGGCGAUGCCAAGGCCCGAGCCUCCGUGCCCACCUGGCGGUCCCUGCACUCUGAUAUUUCCAACAGAUUCGGGACAUUCGUGGCCGCCCUAACUUGAAUCGACAAGGAUGCCC